AAUGGCGCUCUCCUCCGCGUUUCGAGAAAGGCUCGAACACAUGGAACACACCAGAAACCAACGCAUUUCACUUCUCCAGCUAGAGAAAGAAGUGCAAGCGAACAAGUCUCAAGUUUUAGUGUCGAAGCACGCGAGUAUACGGUCAAUGGAGCAAAGAUGCCUUUUACUUGAUCAAAAAAUUGCGUCACAGAAUUUCAAAAUAUCGUCUCUCAAGUCCGAGAUUGAGAUUUUGGAUCCGAAGUACCAAGAAAGUGUAGAAAGAUUGAGGGUUUUGAAGAGUGAGGUGGAAGAGCUGGAGAUGAUGGAGAAAGAGAAGGAGAGGUAUUAUGAGUUAAAAGGAAUUGAAAUGAAGGAGUUUCGGCAAAAUGUGGAGAACUUUGUGGAAGGAUAUAGGUUACAAAUUGAAGGAUUGAGAAAUAACAUAAAUAAGGUAAAAUUAUUGCAUCUCAUUUCUCCAUACUUGAGAAAUCAAUCAUGCUCUUAUGAUUUUAUGAAUGUUGUAUGA